CAUCGACAUGGAGCAUCUCGGCCCCGCUCUCCUCGCUGCUGGCGAUCCUGCAGAAGACGCACUUGCUGUCAAAGGCCGAGUCCUGGUGCUCAGUGUCGGCAGCCAUGGCCGUGUCUCUGCCCGGCUCCCCGCCUGCUGGGACUCUGGCUCCGCUCUCCAGCUUUGUCUGUCCGCCAGCUCCACCCAACACACAGCGAGCCGCACUACCACUACACUUCCUGCCCCGCCCCCCUGCUGACGUCACUGGGCAAGAUGGCGCUGUCCUGCAGGAGCGGUGCUGCCAUGAGAAAGUACCUUCUGCUACUGGCCCAGGAUAACUGCGAGUUCCGCCUGCCGGUAAGCAGGGUGGGCUCCGGGCGACCCUGUGUUUGUGGGAGGCUGUCACUAAGAGGAGAGAUUGUGCCAGCCCCCCAUUCUGCUCUGCUGUGGGUGUGUUUCAGGCAUGGCUGGCUGAGAGUCAUUGGACUUCCAGUCCACAAUACCCGGGGUGUUGAGGAUCAGGCUACUCAUCAGUGUAUUUAUUACUCAGUCACUGCAGACAGUUAGUCACACUGCUGUUAUCAUCCACCAGUCUCUAUUGUACCUGAUGUAAUAAUGCAGUAUAAUGUGAAUAUUUUUUGUUAUGGCAAGCUCUAUGAUGGGGAACAUGUGCCUAUUCAAUGAGCAUAAGCUGUUAUAACUUAAUACAGGGAUCUCAAAAUAUGCCCCCUCCCCAAAUGGCCUGGAUAGCCAUAUUAUUAUGGGAGUUGUAGUUCAGCAACAUCUAGUGGCCCAGAGUUUUAGAUACCACAGUACAUGCACGGGUAGAGUUACCAUAAUGCUUAAAAAGCCAAACAACCAACCCCAUGUACCGGUAACUAAAAGAGAGAAACAUUACAAUCUUGGUGUUGUAGUAAAAAACAAUAGAUGUUACCCAUUUCUUUCCCUGUCUGUAUAGAAAAUAAUCUUAGGUUAAGUAAAUAAUUUAAUUUUCAUUGACAAUUCGACAGGAAAUCAAGUCCUUACUAACCCUUUUUGGUGGCCAUUUCAACAAUAUUCAAGAUGCACAAGCAAAGGUAAGUGGAAAACCAUUAGCGAUAUACUAUAGUAGAUAUUUGUCUUUUUUUUUUUUUUUGGUGAAACGUUACAGUUUGCCUAGGAGACAAAAUGGCCUCUUCUAAGGAGGUCAUACCUAAGACAAAUAACACCUUAUGAUUGCACUAAUAUACCAAAGACAUUCCAUCAUAGUCUUUGAGUUUUUUUGUAAACAUUCUAUGUUUAUGAAACACUCAAAUGACAGUGCCAUUUCAAUGAAAUAAUUGCGUAAAGACAAAGAUACAAACUACCUACAAGUACGGUACUGUAAAUUGGGACACAGUGCACAAACAUACACAAUAUUAAUAUAAUGUAUAAUAUAAUAUUAGGGGCCCAGAUUAGAGGGACACUGUAGUCACCAGAACAACUACAGCGUAUUGUAUUUGUUCUGGUGAGUAAAAAACAUUCCCUUCAGGCUUUUUGCAAUAAACACUUUUUUUUUUUUUUUUAAAGAGAAAGGCAGUGUUUACAGUACAGCCUUGGGAUACCUCCACUAGCCAGUCUUUAGAUGCUUCCUGGGGCAGUCACUGCCAUUCAGUGUCCCCACCUUCUGCAUGGAGACACUGAACUUCCUCAUAGAGAUGUAUUGAUUCAAUGCAUCUCUAUGAAGAGAUGCUGAUUGACCAGGCCUGUGUUUGGCCUGUGCUGGUUCUGCCCCUGAUCUCCCUCCUUGAAAAGCUCAGCCAAUCCAAUGCUUUCCUAUGAGAAAGCAUUAUGAUUGGCUUUGAAUAACACUUCUGAUUAUGCCAGCCAAGCAGGCAGAUCAAGGGCAGAGCUAGCAGCAGCAGACUGCAAUAACAAGUUAGAAUUUACUAUAUUGUUGGGGGGUGUCAACAACUACAACAUAGGGAUGAGAAAUAAAAUUUGACUUCUAGGUGGUGAAUCAAAAGUAACUGAGAUGCUAGACCCACUAUUUAAGGCUUAUUACUGCUACUUAUAGUCUUUAUAUUAAAAAUCCAAAAUAGCUAAAUUGAGAAAUAAUGUCUGUCAUUUAUGUUUCCAGUUACGCUACUUUGGCCUAAAAUUUGAAGAUCACUAUAGUGAAUAGCCCUGUACAUGUUUCUUUUAAAUGGGAUUAUGACUCUACAUCUUCCUUUUGAUAAAAUUUUUAACAUGCCAUAAAGAACUAAGAAAAUAACAAAAUUUCACGCUUUGUUAGAUUUUAUUCAUAAUAAAUUAUGUUUCAUACAUGAAUAUUUGAUGGGAAAUGAAAACCUUGCUUCUUUUGAACAAAGUAAUAUAUAAGAAGUGUGGGUACACUUAAUAUCAAAGAGGUAAGUUAUGAUUAAACAGACGAAUAGCUCAAAUUCUAGGGUUGAUGCCUUUUUUUUAUAAUCAAUGCUUAUUGAAACAUUAUUUGUAUAAAAUACAGGAGUUUGUGCAAAUAUAUAGAGGAUACAAUAGGAAAAGUAAUGUUUGCAAGGCAGGUACAAUAUAAAAUCUCAGGUUUAGUAGGAGCAUAUUUAUGGAGCGAUCACCACAGUUGAAAAAAAACAAACAUAAAAGUUGUAUACAUAAGCAGAGACCUGAAUUGUCACUGUGCGUGCCAUAAUGCCAGAAAGUAUGUACAGCAGUACCAAAAGUGAAAGUACUUGGCUAAAGCCAAAGGGAUCAAUAGAGAGCAGCUGAUAUAUAAGCAAUGUGAAGGAACAAUAAAGCAUGUGCUUGAGUGUCUGGUUAAUCUAAACUAAAACUAAAGUCACCUUUUGUGACUCCCAUCCUUAUGCGUCAACCUAGAUUUUUCUCAGUUCAGGCACUUCUCUCCAGCAAAUCAGGACCACAGAGUCCUAGUGAGUACCGAAUCAAAAUGUAUAAAGAUAAUAAUGUAGGAUGAGAGAAAGAGAAAGAUGGGUAGAUAGAGUUGAGAGACAGAGAGAGAAGAAAAAAAAAACACGUACACAUAAAUGAAAAGGGAAGAGGGAGGAGAAGGAAAAGUGGGUGGUUAGGGUAUGGGUGAACCAGUUAGAACGCAACAGCACAUUCUCUUGUGCCGCAAUUCCGAAUUGCAACUCCUCUGUCCUCGACAAUAGGCCGAUAGACCUCUCAUGGGCUGAGUAGCUAGUCAUUAGAACUCAGAACACCCAGGUCCUCCAGAUCUCUUCAUGCUUCUCUAGCCUCUCUCCAGAUGCAGCCACCCGCUCUUUCAUUUGAUGAAUCUCCUCCACCCUUCCCAACCAAUUAUGAAACAUCAGCAGAUCUUUCUGUAACCAAAAGGCAGGAAUCGUUUAGCAUGUUGCCAUCCACAUUUGCAGAGAGAUUGGUUUCUUGUAUUUCUAGACAGGGAAAGCCUAACGGCUGAGGAGCAUAGCAUAGCGUUGUGUAUUUGCUGCCAGUAUGGAACUAUCCACGGUCAUUCCCUGUAAAUGUGCAAUAGGGAUCAAGUGCCACCUCUGUUUUCAGUGAUUGGAUCAAGCUUCCAGUGAUUGGAUGCAUCAAACUCUCUAAAGUGGUGAGGGAGGAUCUAAAACAAAUUCAAUGCCAAAUCUGCAGAGAGGCUCCUAUGAAGGGUUGUUCCCAGAUUUUUUUUUUUUUUUUUUAGAAUCGGCAUCUAGCAACCAUACCGCAGCUGGAAUCCGGCCCACUGAUAUCUCCCUCUUGAGGUGACACCAGAUUUUCUGAGAGUUUGCAUUAUGCCUUUCCACCGGCCUCGUCAAGUGGACAGCUCUAUAAUAAUCCACAAAUGAGGGCAGAUCCAAGCUCCCUCCUGCUUCGGUCUCAUCAGUUGUACCAGGCGAAGUCUAGUCCUACGCCCUCUUCAGAUAAAUUGUAACUACACUGAAUUUAAUGACUUAAAAAUUCCGGUGGAAGCAUCACAGGGAUGUUCUGAAACAGAUAAAGGAUCCUGUGGGGAACGUUCAUCCUUAUUGAGCUAACGUGUCCAGUCCAGGAGAAGUGAGGCACUGUCCAGGUUUUCGUAUCUGCUAAAAUACAGUUUAGGAGGGGUUGGAAAUUCAUUUGCUAUAAGGCCUUCAGAUCCCACAGAACCCAUAACCCUGAAUACUUAAUCAGUACACCAGCGAGAGUGAAAAUUCGGGAUCAACUGAUCCCACUCACAAUCCGGGAUCAAUAUGUUCAAUGCUCCUGACUUAUCAAGGCUCAGUUUUAAGUUGCUGAAAUCACUGUACUUUCAGACCUUUCAGUAAAUUUAGGGGGGACCAGUUAACGGCUGCUCAACAUAAAACAAUACAUUUUCGGCGUUAGCCGAGACCUUGUGCUCAACUCCAGAAUAUUUAAAUCACUGGAUGAACUAGUUCCAUCUAACCGCCUCCAGAAAAGGUUCUAAAGUUAACACGAACAGGAGUGGCGAGAGCGGAUAAUCUUGUCUGGUCCUGUUCGCAAUCCGCAUUGAGUCCAUUAAUGCAGACUUUGGCUGUGUGUGUCGAGUACAAUGCUCUUAUCCAUUUGCAAAAUGUCUGUCCAUAACCCAUGGACUUUAAAGAGCAACUUAAAAUGCCAAUCCACACAGUCAAAAGCCUUUACAUUUUGUUUUGUUCAGAACAUGUACAUUGCCUCUGUCCUUAAGGGGUAAAAGGACCUCUAAAUUCACCCAGGCUACUUUAUCUUAAUGAUGUCAUCUGGGUGUAGUGGUCCUGCAGGUUUAACCCUGCAAUGUGAAACAUUGUGGGUUUUUUGUUUGUUGUUUUAGAAACUGCACUUGCUUACAUUCCAGGUUUAAAUCCACCUCUAGUGCUGUCUUCCUUACAGUCACUAGAGGUGCUACCAAGGCACUGACAGAGAAAAACUUUUGUGUAAGGCAGAAGCCUACAUAGAAAAUCAUUGAUUUAUUUGAUUAAAAUGUAUUAUUAUUUAAAAGGGGAGGGGUCUCUGUUACUAAAGACAGGGACACUGAAGGGUUAGGAAUGCAGACCUAUGUUCCGAACGGUUAAGUGUUUCUUUAAUAGUACGAAUACUUUGUUUACUAGAAGGUCUAGAUAAGUUAAGGAAGCUGUAUACCUUAUGGAAUAAGUUGCUCCUCAUUUUCUGUAGUUUGUAAGCGGUUAUAAGCAGGGCUGUCUAUUGUUUUGCCAGCACAUCUUUAUUUUAUAAUAUCACCGUUUUAUAUGCCUUUAUUUUUUUACUUGCGUUUGUUUUACAGUCUCCAUUCUGUGUACUUCACCUUCCGUCUGAAGAAAUGGCAAGAAAGCUUAUGAAGCGGACUGUGUGUGCAAAGUAAGGCUGGAUAAGUGAUGUGCCCAAAGCACUGUACAAUUGAAUUCCAGUUAUACAAAUGAACAUACAUGCAGUACCUUAAGGUGUUUAUUUUCUAGAUGAAAAGGGAAAAAAAAAUCCCCAAUUCUAGUCAGUGUGGGUGAGCUUAAAGGGACACUAAAGUCACCAAAACAGCUACAGCUUAAUGUACUUGUUCUGGUAAGUAUAGUCAGUCCCUGCAGGCUUUUUGCAAUAAACACUCCGUUCAGCCUAGGGACACAUCCAGUGGUCACUCCUCCUAUGGCUACUAGAGGUGCUUCUUGGGGCCGUGUUGCACAGUGUGCAGCAUUGGCAUUCAUUGUCUCCACCUUCUGCAUGGAGACGCUGAAAGAUCUUCAAAUAGAUUAAUUGAUUCAAUGCAUGCCUAUGAGGAAAUGCUAAGUUUCCAGGGUAGCAUUUGGCUCCGCUCCGGCCCGCCUCCUUGGCUGAGAUAAUCCGAAUUGACAAUCUCAGCCAAUCCAAUGCUUUCCUAUGAUGUUAGCCAAGGAGGCAGAUCAGGGCAGAGCCAGCACCAGCAGACAUAAAUAAAUGUAAGGUUUUACUAUAGUUAGGGGGUAAGCGGGGGUCCAGGAGGCUAAGUAAGAAGAGGUUUUUAACAAUAUAAUGUCAGGAAUACAUAUUUGUGUUCCUGACCCUUAUUGUUCCUUUAAUUUUUUUUCCUGCAGUUAUAUGUUUACCGAAUAUACCACUAACCACUAAUAAUAAUGCAACAUUUUUAUUUACUGCUCAUUUUAGCUUUCUACUGAUUACAGCCUUGAAUUCAUUGAGGUGGCUUAGGUAACACUGGUUGAAACAUCUUGAAAACAAGAUAUAAAUAAAAGUGCGUGUAGUGUUAAAAUGAAAUAAAAUGAGCAAUUUUAUUUGUUGAAGCACCUAGAUAACCACAACCUUUCUGGCACUGAGCGGAUCUGGUCAUUGUGUGAAGUACAAUCGAUCACACUGCAGCGGUAUUUUCAUGUGGGCCAGUGGAGAGAGCUCUCUGGUGUCCAUUUGUUGAUCUCUUAGCAAUUAACUGAGCAAUUUUAUGUGGGAACUUUAUAUGUACUUUACCUACCAGAGAUACUAGCAGGGAACUACAGCUGCUCCACUGAUCCUGUUAGGGUUCCGACAAUUGGUUUGGGUGUAGAUGCAGGAUAUGUAAAAUCUCUGGUGAUUCAUGCUGCUAACUCCUGCCUACAAUAUCAUACUGUUGCUGCUUAUUUAAAGGGACAGUGUAGGCACCCAGACCACUUCAGCUCAUUGAAGUGGUCUGGGUGCCAAAUCCCAUCACCCUUACCUCAAGAGUGGCAAUUAUUGCAGUUUUUAUAAACUGCAAUAAUUACCUGCUAGGGUUAAGGAUUUAGGCAUUACCCUGCUGUGUCUGUGUUUUUUUUGGGGGGGGGGAGGGUGGGUGGGAGCGAGACAAAUACUUUAGAAACAACAGGGUAAUCCCUAAAUCCUGGACUGGUAGGGGGUCCUCUAGGACUGGGUUGAGAACCCCUGCACUAGAGAGUCUUCCGUCUUUUGGUCAUCUAAACGAUGCUGGAUGUCCUCAAACUAUGCAUAAUGCUUUCCUAUGGGGAGUUCCUAAUGUGAUCGCGGCCAUUGCUGCGCAUGCGCAUUAUGUCUCCAAGGGUGGGGGAGGAGUGUAUGCAGAGCUGAACGCUGGACAUCAGCACUGGACCCAGGUAAGUAUAUUUCUAAAAUGUAACUGUGAUGGGCCGCCGCCACUAAGUACCAUGCCCACUGCUUAUUCGUGUGUUUUUCCCCUUGUAUUAUGUGUUCCCACUUGUAUUUCAUGUAUUGUGUCUGUUUCCCCAUUCGGGAGCGCUCAUACGAACGGAACCAGUUCGUCUCCCGAACGCGUACCACCCCUUUACCCUGUUUAAAUGUUCACAACAAUCAAUCAGAACGUUCGCACCUGCAAUGUAAGCGUGAAACCGCAAAGGAAGGAAGUAAUGGGUGGCCGCCAUUUCGUAUAGGUGAACACCACCCACUGGGAGCAUUCGUAUCCCAAAAGUAGACGCUUCCCUCCAUGAACGGGUCCCUGAGGUUGGAGGGGACACUGGUGGGGUACCGGUGGUUCGGAUCGCCCUUAAAGAGCUAUAAUCUCUGUUCUCCUUACCAGGGAGCUACGAGUCCCGCUGACCACCUGGAAGUCCGUGCCGACCAAUUGUAAAAGGAGCUCCCAUUCAAACUGGGUUUGCGCCAUUUUCCUGAUGGGUCGGCACAAGUAAGAGCUGAUUGGCGCGGCAGGGCGCAGGUGACCAAUCAGAGAAGAAUGGGUUUCGCCCUUCCUCCUGAUUGUGCAGCGAAACCCCUCUCCUCUCCUCUCUGAGCGCUGAUUGGCGCGAUUUGGUUUGUGCCCUUUUUCUGGAUUGGCUGUUGCUUGGUAUAGGCGCAAAGUUUGAAUUCACCGGACUAAACCAAGCAACGCUGUGGAACUAAUUACGGGGAUGUAAAGAGCUUCGAGCCCAGGCUUUGUAUGAUGGUUUCUCUGGCUCUGUACAUCCGAUAGACCCGCUAUUUGCUAUUUAUUAUUACUGGGGGAAGAAAGGGUUAAUCCCUGUGUUAGCUGUUCCAGCGUGUAGAGGAUGCAGCAGGGAAAGUCCUUGUAAGGACGGAGUAGCUCCCAGGACCGUGUGCCAUCCAGCUCCUGGGAGUGAACAGAGCUAGUUCCCCUAUCCAGCCACAGCUAGGAAGCGGACCCGUGGAGGUACCUGACUGGGGUACAGGGAGCUUCGCCACAGUAACAUUUUGAUUGCUUUAACAGGGGUUUUGUUUUCCAUGCAGUAAAUAUGUAUUGUUAAUAUUUGCUCUUUAUUUAUUCUCCUUUUUAUCCUUUUCAGGUCUCUUUUUGAGCUAUGGGCUCAUGGAAAAUCCUUGGAAGAGCUUAAAGAAUCUCUUGAACGCCAUCCUUUAGAAAGCAUGGUACGAAAUGUUUUAAUGAAAUUUUCUAUUUUUAUUGCCUAUUAUUUUGUAACUUACUGUGUGUUCUUUUUUUUUUUUUUUUUUUUCAGGUCAACUAUCUUCAGUCUAACUCUACAUACAAAAUAAACAUCCAUACUUUUAACAAAACCUUGUCACAGAAAGAAAAGCUAAGUAAGAUAGAUGUAAGUAUUUUGUGAGCUUUAUUUUGUUAAAUGAGUCUGUGCAGCACUAACUGUUGUAACUCUCCUUUUGUCAAAUAAGUCUGUGUAUCACUAACUCCUUUUGCCCUCCCAUUGUAAGUUGCUAAGCUGUUUGCAAAUGGUUUGACAACUUACCUGGAGUUCGGGCACCGGUCCCUUCUCUAGGAGCUUUCAGUAGUUGGCAGUGAGAUUGCUGGGCAUAAUUUAUACACCCAAACUGCUUAAUUAAGCUAGUGUUGUUUUGAUGCCUUUAAUGGAUUUUUUUUUUUUUGUUUUUUUUUUUUUUUAGAACUAGAUCUUUUUAGAUUAAGACAAUUUUCUAAUUUAAUAUAUUUUUCUUGCAUCUUAAAAUACAGGCCUUGGAAUUUGUGCCAUUUAAAGGAAAAGUGAAUUUACAAAAUGCUGAGCACAUAUUUUACUUGCUUGAAGAUUAUGGUCCAGAACCCAAUAAUACUCGCUUAGAGCCCCUUCAAAUCUUCUUUGGCCGGUGGGUGAGUACAAUAUGACAAUGUUAAUGUAUGCAUUUGAAUGUUAUAUACACCAAAUAAACCGUUUUUAUAUAAAUAUAUAUUUUUAUAUAAAAUACGUAAGAAAUAUUUUAUUUAAAAUAGCUGUGUCACCUUCUUUGCAAUUAGGUGUGUAUUGGACGCCGCUUGCAGGGGGAGGUAAGAUUUACUUACCUGAAGCUGCCCCUCAUGGCCGCUACCAUCUUCUUUAACAGGAUCCUCUACAGCUCCUAGUGCUUCAUCUGACAGGAUGUCACAUCAGUGAUGUAUAUUCACACACACACGUACAGUUCUGAGGUCUAUGGUCGAUCCCACGAGACCCUGGGAACCUCCAUAGACAAUGCUUUUUUCCCCACAGCUGUCAGAGGUUGCUCCACAAUUUGUCAAGCUUUGUUAGGCAUAAGAAAAAUACAUAAAGGGAAGUAGUCCCUACUUUGCCUUAUGCAUUUUAGGAGAAAUACAAGAGGAAAAAAAAAAAAUGGAAUGAGACAUAGGUGUCCAUUGUUAGUAAUAUGUGUUUUCUGAGUAUAUGGAAUGCAUGGUUGGGCUUCUGUUGGUACGGACAUCUGCUUGCUCUUGGUCAUUUUCUUUUGAUAUUUUUUUUAUGCACUAGGUAUUAAUAAAUAUUUGACAACUUCCGCUGUACAAAAUAAGAGAAACCAUUGACAUAACCUGACUUCCUAUUUUUUCAAAAUAUACUGAAAUGUAUGCUAAAAUAAAAUAGAAAGUUACUCCAAGCACUAUGACCACUUCCAGACUUGGUGUCUGGAGUCAGUAUGUGCAACAUUUCUCUACGAAAUGCUGCACAUACUGAUAAUAACCCCUUAGCUGUCAGAGGCAGUGUCAUUAGCCUAAUAUCAGUUCUGUGCAAAAUUACUGUCUAACACCACCACACAUGGCAUGCUGGCGACAGGCAGCCAAUGGCAGCAUGUUGCCACCUAUGUGCUGCCUGUGUCCUUCCCUCAGUCUGUUCUCCCUGACUUACCUUCCCUUUGGAGAGUGGAAGACGUUGCACACGGCAGUGGAACAGAGGUGAGUUUCAACGUUUAUUUUUUUAUUUUUGCUUUUAGUUUUUAACCCCUUAAGGACACGUGACAUGUCAUGAUUCCCUUUUAUUCCAGAAGUUUGGUCCUUAAGGGGUUAAAGUGGUUUUACUCUAACUUUUGGUUGGAGUAACCCUUUAAGCAGAAUUAAAAUAAAGAUUACAAUUCUGCGUUCAUGCAGCUAUUUAAAUGAGAGAGCCUAUCCACAGCUAAAUGACCAUCUGUCCCUGAGCAGAAAGAGGCUCCACCAAUAAGAAAUGUCUAGUUUUGGCCUUGAUUUCCCCAAAAAUCGCUGCCUCUUCAAAGUGCGGCAAGCAUUGUUCCUAACACCUCUCACCUCCAACUCUUCAACUUUUUCUGUUCAGCUAAAGUAUGAAUCUUUGAUCAAGAUGACUUACAGGGUUAUUUACUAAAGUGAGACUUCAAAAUUAAUUUCAAAUUUAAGUAGCCAAACUAGAAGUAUAGCUGACUUAGAAAAUGUUUUCAGUUUGGCUAUUUUUUACCUUGAAUUUAAAAUUGACUUUGAUUUCCCACUUUCUUGAAUAACACUAUACGUUUAUCAAGUCCUGCCUUGUCGAAAUCUUGUAAUCUGAGCUAUGAAAUUAAUACAAGCCUGUUGAUUAUUUAAUGGGAACAACUGUUUUAAUAAGAUUGCAGAUGGACAAAGAGACCUGAUCAAUUCCUACAGUGUCAAGAAGAGGCAUUUCAUUGGCAACACAAGCAUGGACGCUGGGCUUGCUUUUCUUAUGGCAAACCAUGCACGAGUGAAACCAAACGAUUUGGUAUUUGAUCCUUUUGUUGGAACUGGUAAGUACCAGGAGAAAUUUUUCGCAUGUUGCCAUUCCAAUGACAAGCGAUUUAUAACAGGUCUAGCUUCCAUGUAUUAACUCAUUAUAUCUGUUAGGGGUGAAUCAGCAUUAUUGCUAGGUACUAAGCCACUACUGAUAAAAUGAUAACAAAAAAUUGUGAAUAUUAGCAAUGGGAUAUGUAGUGAAAGAUUGAAAGGAAAUUGUUUCAAACUUGUAUUACUGAUUUGAGUGAUCUGUAGACGUGUGCAUUAACAUUUCACUAGUUGUAAGUUCUCUUUGUUUGGCUAAGAAAAUUAUCAUAACAGGACAUUUGUAAUUGUGAAAUAUCUCAUUUUUAGUUGGGGGCAUUUGUUGGCUGUUUCACCAGUUUCCUGUAUAAAUUAAAAUCUACCGUUGUUUACAGUUGAUUCUGUCCAGGGGGUUGAAUAAUUUUGAGACUAGAGAAGUCAUUAAGGGUUUCAUUUUCAGUUGAAUUUGGGGAAAACACUUGAAGCAUUAGUUGUGUAGAGCUAUUUCAAUUGCUUGUGUUUGGUUUUUCAUUGCAAACAGCUAAAAGGCUAAAAGUCUGCAUCACCCCAUGUUAAGUAGUUCUAUUGUUUCUGGGUGACUGGGCCAAUGCAAGAAGUGAAAAGUUGCACAAAAUGUAUGAAUGAGAACUUGACAAUAAAACUGAUUUUCAUUGGUGGUUGAAUAUUUUCAAAAUGUACGGCCUUUCAGCUUUAUCAAUGAACAAAUCAAACAAAGCAAUUGAAAUAGCUCGACACAAUGAACGCUUCAAGUUGUUUCCCCAAAUUCAACUGAAAAUGCAACUUUAUUCAAGUUGUUUAUGCAAAUUAUUCAACCCUCUGAAUAUCCCCUUAAAGGGACACUAUAGUCACCUGAACAGCUUUAGCUUAAUGAAGCAGUUUUGGUGUAUAGAACAUGCCCCUGCAGCCUCACUGCUCAAUUCUCUGCCAUUUAGGAGUUAAAUCCCUUUGUUUAUGAACCCUAGUCACACCUCCCUGCAUGUGACUUGCACAGCCUUCCAUAAACACUUCCUGUAAAGAGAGCCCUGUUUAGGCUUUCUUUAUUGCAAGUUUUGUUUAAUUAAGAUUUUCUUAUCCCCUGCUAUGUUAAUAGCUUGCUAGACCCUGCAAGAGCCUCCUGUAUGUGAUUAAAGUUCAAUUUAGAGAUUGAGAUACAAUUAUUUAAGGUAAAUUACAUCUGUUUGAAAGUGAAACCAGUUUUUUUUUCAUGCAGGCUCUGUCAAUCAUAGCCAGGGGAGGUGUGGCUAUGGCUGCAUAAACAGAAACAAAGUGAUUUAACUCCUAAAUGGCAGUGAAUUGAGCAGUGAAAUUGCAGGGGAAUGAUCUAUACACUAAAACUGCUUUAUUUAGCUAAAGUAAUUUAGGUGACUAUAGUGUUCCUUUAAGGACACAACUUCUGAAAUAAAAGGGAAUCGUGACGGAAUAUUUCCAUCAUGUGUCCUUAAGGGGUUAAAAUCCCUCACAAAAUAUGCAAAACAGGUGUUGUCUCAAGCACACAUGAUGCAAGUAAGCAAGGGCUUCAUUAUUUGCACCAGGUGUGCUUGAGCUGGAAGACUUGAAAUACCUGAACUGACACUCACUGUACGUUAUGCUCACUGUUGUGCCUAUACCCAGCCAUUAUUCUUGCAAAGGGGUAAGCAAAUAAACGGGUAUUCUAUGCUCCGUAACCACUACAUCAAGCUGUAGCGGACAUGGUUCCAGGAGUCCCAUUGCAUCAUACCAUGUUAAGUUUUCAUUCUGUUUCUGGUUCACUGGGCCAAUGCAAAAAGUGAAAAGUUGCACAAAAUGUAUGAAUGAAAACUUUAGCAAUUUUGAGUGGUUGGACUGUUUGACUAGUGACAGUGGGAGGGACAGUGCUAGGGGACCUUUGUCACUGUAACCACUACAGUACUUAAAAAAAAAAAAAAAUCAGUUUCUAUAAUUCUACAUCUUUAUAUGCAUCGCUUAAAAGUCUGUAGUUGCCGUAUUGUUACAUGAUAUUCCCCAUGCAUCUCUCUUACUGUAAAUUGUGUGUUUUAAAAAUAAUCCAGUAGUGAAGGUGAAAAAAAAAUAAUGCAGUGGCACAAUGCAGGUUUUUUUUUUUACAGCCUCUAGGUGGCAUUGUUGUAUUACUGUUGUCAUACUGUUGUAUUACUGUUGCCAAAGGAAAAAGGUGAAAACACUGCAAAAUAUUAUAGGCAGAAAGAAUUAUUACCUACUGUUGUAUAUGUCUCCUUGAAAAUAAAACAUUUAGACAUGCCAAAAUCUGUUUUAUUAUUAGUUAUAAUCAGUUAAAUUGGAAAACUGAACGUGCAGAAUAUUCUUGGAGGAGAUCAAUUCACUGCAGCGGAGCAAAACAACCAUUUUACAAUCUUUUCUCCAAUCCAUUCCACUGCUACUAGGGAAAGCAACUGAAUCAAGAUGAAUGGUGCCAAAAUACUAUUCCCCCCCUUUUUAGUGGGGGUUCUAAUAUCUAGAAAUCCUUUCAAUUUGUGGAUAUAUAUAUAUAUAUAUAUAUAUAUAUAUAUAUAAACCAUACAUCUAGGAUUACAGUGGAGUCAGCAGUUUAUGCAAUAUAUGUUGAUGCUUUCCAUUUGGCCAAUAAAUUAUAUCCCAGAUAACCAAUAAUAAGCUUAUUUUCUUGUGCCUGUUUCUUGACUGUGUUAAUGCUGGACAGCUCUUAUAUAUGAAACCUAUGAACACUUUAAGAACUGGUUGUCUGACUUCAUAAUAAUGUGGUCAUUAAAACUAUGUUCCAAAAUGGAAUGACCCACUUAUUUAACAGCAACUCGGUUGAUCCCAAAUAACAGUCAUUAUCUGCUCACACAUUGUGUGACGGGACUAGACUGUGAUUUCUGCAGAAAGACUUGUUGGUCAUGAAAUUAUUAAAAAAAUAAUGGAAUAUAUUCCUUGGGGAAUGUAUCAAUGAAGUAGCCGCCAGGGAGUGCAUUAUGUUUUUAUUGAUGUCUCCAAAUCUACUUCCUAUAGGUGGUCUUUUGGUGCCAUGUGCUCACUUUGGGGCUUAUGUAUGUGGCUCUGAAAUUGAUUACAACACAGCCCAUGGUUUAGGUAAGUUUUAGAGUCCUUUACUAUUUAAAUCAGACCUGUCACCUGAAAACACCAUUUUUUAUUGAGUCCUGACACCUUUCUAGAAAGGUAAAAAGAAGAGAGAAUGGUGUUCAUUCCUCACAUUUUGUAUUUACUCGUACACAGAACACACACGCCAUACAACCUACCUAUACCCAUAACUCCUUCACACAAUGCACAUGCUGCUUAUCCACAUAACAUGAACAGAGAUGUUUCAAUCAUAGGUUUACAUAGAGUCCAUCUAAUUGACGCUGUGUGGCGUGUUAGCUGUUCAUGUGCCUCCCAUUGCUUCCUUAUGGGAAAUAGUAUGAGCUAUUACUGGUGCACUGAGCUUAAAUGGAUACUCUAAGGGACACUCGAAGCGUCAAAAUAAUUUUAGUUUAAUGAUACAGUUUUGGUGUAUAGCUCAGGCCCUUGCAGUGUGUUUACUUUGCAAAUUCUUUUCUCUUGCUCUGUUAAUUGAACUUCAAUCACACACCAGAGGCUGCAGGUAGUUGACAUGAACUUCUAAAAUAAACACACUAUGUAAUAAGACCUCUUUCUCAGGAAGUGUGUAGGGAGGCUAUGUGAGCCUCAGCCGCCAGGAUAGGUGUGACUAGAGCUGCAUAAAAAAGUAAUGUAACUCCUAAAUGGCAGAUAAUUGAGCAAUGAGAUUGCAGGGGUAUGCUCUAUAGACCAAAACCAAUUGAUUAAGAUUAAGUUGUUUUGGUGUUUAUAGUGUUCCUUUAAAUAACAUAUCUAGAAAUGGUAGAAUGUGAUUUUGAGGUUAAGGAGAUGUCCAUUUAUAUCACUGAUAGGCACUGCCUUAAAUUUAAUUCAGAAUUUCCUUACAAUACAAAAACAUUGGUACCAUGUAGGUAUCUCCUACUCCAAAAGGAUGGAAACCACUGGAAUGGAGGAUAAUGUAUUAUUUUAGAUUAACAAUGUAAAUGUGUUAAUCUGUUAGAUGUGCUUUUAAGACAGGGCAACGUUAAGGGCACACUAGCUUGAGUACAGGUAGAGAGAAUGAUGAUGGAUAAAUGAUUGAUUAUUUUCACACGCUUCAUUAGGUAAAGCCAGUAGAAUGAACCAGAAGUGGAGAGGGCCUGAUGAAAAUAUCCGGGCCAACUUACGGCAGUAUGGUCUAGAGAAAUAUUACGUGGAUGUCCUGCUUUCUGAUGCAUCAAAACCAAUAUGGAGAAAAGGGCCAUUAUUUGAUGCUAUCAUCACAGAUCGUAUGUUUCCGUUUUCUCUUUUUGUUUCAAUGUAUUACCCUGUUACUGUACUGUUUUACAAUUUUAUAUCAAAAACACCAUUUUAAGACAGGGAACUGAUAAAUGUUCCUUCACAUUAUAAUAUUCAUAUCACAAAAAUUGUGUAAAAUAGAUGUAAAUUAGGGAUGCACCAAAAUUUCAGCUGCCAAAAUUUUUGGCUGAAAACGGGGCCUAUCCCAUUUUGGACGAAAACGUUUAAGCUCCGCCGAAAAUAGGUUGCCACGUCACUUUGUCGCCAACUCCCUCAGUCACUCUGUCACCCCUCCCUUGGUCACUGUCACCCCCUUCCUCAGUCACUGUCACCAGUCAAUCACCCCCUUCCUCUGUCAUUGUCACCAGUCACCCCCUCCCUUAUUCACUCUGUCACCCGUCCCUCAGUCACUGUCACCAUUCACCACCUCCCUCAGUCACUCAGUCGCCACAUCCCUCAGUCACUGUGUUGCCACGUCACUUUGUCGCCACCUCCCUCAGUCACUCUGUCAUCCCCCUUCCUCAGUCACUCUGUCACCCCCUUCCUCAGUCACUCUGUCACCCCAUCCCUCAGUUACUGUCACCCCAUCCCUCACUCUCCCACCAGUCACCCCUUCAUCCCUUACUCUCCCACCAGUCACCCCCUUUCUCAGUCACUCUUGUCAUCAGUCACCCCCUACCUCACUGUGUCACCCCCUCCCUCCCAUGCUCUGUCACCAGUCACUCCCUCCCUCCCAUGCUCUGUCACCUGUCACACCCUCCUUCCCUCCCAUGCUCUGUCACCCCAUCCCUCCCACACUCUGCCACCUGUCACCCUUCACUCUGCCAUUUCUAUCCCACCUCGCACUAUGAGUCCUACCCAUACUACAUCACUAUCACCCCACGAUAUGUGCCCUACACACACUACAUCCCUAGCCCACCCCACACUAUAUGUGCCUUACACACUCUACAUAACAUACAAACUACAUCCCUAUCUCACACCACACCGUGUUCCCUACACACACUACAUCUCUAUCUUGCAUCACACCAUGUUCCCUACACACACUACUCUCUCCUAAAGGGCAUCACUCUACUCUCUCAUCCAGCUCUGCUUCUCUCCCAUCCUUAUUUGAUUGCUAUUUCCUGUCCUAAAGUGGUUUAUACCCCACCUCCUGUAGACUGUAAGCUCGCUUGAGCAGGGUCCUCUUCAACCUAUUGUUCCUGUAAGAUUUCUUGUAAUUGUCUUAUUUAUCGUUAAAUCCCCCCUCUCAUAAUAUUGUAAAGCGCUACGGAAUCUGUUGGCGCUAUAUAAAUGGCAAUAAUAAUACAUAACCUACACACAUACACACUACAUCCCUUUCCCACACCUCACUAUAUUCCAUACACGCACCACAUAACCUACACAAAUCAUUUGGGGAAAAAAGUAAUUUUUGGUUUUCGGCCAAGGGCAUCCUGGAUUUUCGGUUUUGAUUUCGGCCCAUUAUUUUCAUUUCGGUGCAUCCCUAAUGUAAAGAUAUAGAAUGAUAUGCACUUAAAAAAACAAAACAUAUAUGUAUAUAUAUCCUGUCAAGCAAAAGAUUUAAUGAAUAAUUUCCCAGAACCUUUUAUAAUUGAAUAAAACAAAUACAUUGUAUUAAACACUACUAGCAGUAUUUGAUUAAUUGAAAAGUGUGUGUAAAAUGCUUUAUUUGUGAAAUAUGUUUUACUGACUUUGUUUUUCUCCAUUUACAGCACCAUAUGGAAUUAGAGAGUCCACUAGAAAAACAGGCACACAGAAAGAGAUCAUAAAAACAGAACUAUUGUAAGUGCAUUAACAAGAAAAAGAAAAAAAAAUAUGUAUAUAUAUAUAUAUAGUACAGUCACACACAGACACACACACAUAAUAUAAAUUGGGUUACUAUUAAAUCAUGGUGUGAUUUAGUAAUCAUGUCAUAUUCAAAUGUUCCUCAGAAAAUUAUUAAAUAUGACAUUUUCACUAAUAGGUUUAAAUAUUGUAACGGAUCACCUGGCACCCCGACUGGGUACCUCCGUUGAAGGAUGCUCCUAGCGCUUCCAGAGGACUCCAAGCACUGCAGCAGACACCACAACCACCGAAUUGUAGGAGCAUAUGAAUGCUCUCAAGCAUAUGAAUGCUGUAGACAGUUGAAUAGGAACCAUACGAAUAGGUUUACUCUCCUAGCAGUCAAACUGGAACAGCAUACAAUAAAUCCUUCCCCCAAUAAUGAGACGACACUUCACUUUGAGGGUUAAGCAGGAACUCCCUGUACUGUCACAUACAGUCUCUUUUAUUCCCAAUCCACAAACAUAGUACAGCCCACAGGGCGUUACAAAACAACCAAUCAAUCCGUACAAUACACCCAGACACUCCCACACAAAAUCCUCCCCUCUGCAGGUGAUAUGAUUACUGAACACAAUGGGUAAUCUCAUUAUCACCGGCAGAGGAAUACAGUUUUUACACAAUAUUUAUAACUUCUAAAAUAUAAAUGUCACAAACAUAAAACAUACAUUUUCAGAAUCAAUCCAUUCAGGGGAACAACAUAUUAAAAAAUGGCACGAAUCAGACCAGGGGUUCAAAAGUUAAGGGAAAGUCCUUUGUGACUAAAUGAAGCAUGGCUUUCCGGCCCAAACCAGUUUCAGAGUCUUCUAUCCUGGAGAUAAGUAAUUCAAUUAUCUCCCAGGACAGACACAAGACUCCAUUAAGCACAUGGUUGCAAAAAGACACAAAACACUUUAAAAUACAUAAAGUCACAUUUACACAUAACACACAGACAUUUCACAUAUCCCCAGAUAGCUGGGAUCUGAGUGCACAUUAUUAGAUGAAUGGCACUCAGAUCACACAAAUAAGCCUUUCUGCAGGGGAAAUAAACAGUUUAACCUGCAGGGCCAUAGUCCAAAGGGAGCAGGCGAGCAACCAGGCUUCUCCAGUUCACAGUGGCGAGGUUGGUUUCGCCACACUUCUCCCCUUUACCAACUAGACUAACAGGGUAUCUGACCUCCUGCCGGUCAGUGCCCUGGUUAGUCCAGCAACCCACCCACAAAACAGAAACAGCAGUACAGCCCACCCACAAUAACUGGUUACUACACCUGGGUAGAGGAAAACUUUGUCCAUGUCCAGGUGCCUCACCACGACUGUGUGGGCAACUGUUAGGCUGCCUUGGUGGGUUGCUGAGUGGGCAGAGACCAGCGGUACUCUGCCCUGAUGCCAGUGCUACCACGGAAGUAGCCUGGUGGGAGCCUGGUUGUGGGAGGGAGAGACCGACUGUCUCCCCUCUGGAUACACCGCUCUGUGGCUGGGGAACAGGACCGACUGUCCCUACCCCUUGUGCUGUAAGUGCAGAGACUACAGUCCCAUCUGCACUGUUGGGGGGUGUAACAUCUCCCCUUGCUGGGUUAGGCUGCCGCUGGAGAGAGGGUGUAACAAGCUCCUCUCUCUGAACUGUAAACUGCCGCUGGGGAGAGGGGGUAUCAGGCUCCUCUCCCUGACACUCUCUCUGCUGGUGGAGAGGGGGACCAGCUGUCUCCCCUUUCAUUAUUUUGUCCUGUGGUUGGGGUGCGAGACUGACGGUCUCUGCUCCCUGCAGGACACUCUGCCGCUGGGGAGGAAGGACUGCACCUUCAGCUCCAUGGGGUACACACUGCCGCUGGGGAGGAAGGACUGCACCUUCAGCUCCCUGGGGUGCACACUGCCGCUGGGGAGGAAGGACUGCACCUUCAGCUCCCUGGGGUACAUACUGCCACUGGAGAUCUGGGCCGACCGCCCAGCAUCCCUGUAGGGCCGGUUGAGAGACCGCCGUCCCAUCUCCACCUGCCAUCUGUGGGUCUGCCCAGAACCAGUCUGUGAGGUCCCUCAACAUUUGCGAGUAAGGACCACCUGCUUCCGCACCUGGCAACUCCGGCUGCUGCUGGGGAUCUGGGCCGGUCCCAUCUCCACAUGCCUGUUGUGGUUCCUCACAGGACCAGUCUAUGAGGACCCCUACUUCGGGUUCCUGCGGCCGCCUCAGGGGGAGACGGCUAGCCUCCUCGGAUGCAGCCUCUACUCGGCUGCUGUAACACUCCUUCCGCUGAGCAUACUCUCUCUCUUUCGCCAGCCGGAAUUCUCGGGCCAGCCUUGUGUUUCGCUCGGCCGUGACCUGGUUCCAGAUCACCCGGCGUACCUCCAUGGGUAAAUCAUCCCCAUACUGGGCCACUCGCUGCCUCACCUCGGCCAUCCAAUCAUCGCCAGAGCCUUCCAUACUUGUCUGCUCCAAGUCGCUGGAUACCUCUGCUCCCAGGGUCGCUGCACGUGUGCUAGCGUUGCCCUCAAUUUGUAAAUCCAAACGAACUGUGUCUCUGAGCUGCUUUACCUCGCACUAGGACGCCAUCCCACCGCUUGCCACCAAUGUAACGGAUCACCUGGCACCCCGACUGGGUACCUCCGUUGAAGGAUGCUCCUAGCGCUUCCUGAGGACUCCAAGCACUGCAGCAGACACCACAACCACCGAACCGGAGAAGCAUAUGAAUCCUCUCAAGCAUAUGAAUGCUGUAGACAGUUGAAUAGGAACCAUACGAAUAGGUUUACUCUCCUAGCAGUCAAACUGGAACAGCAUACAAUAAAUCCUUCCCCCAAUAAUGAGACGACACUUCACUUUGAGGGUUAAGCAGGAACUCCCUGUACUGUCACAUACAGUCUCUUUUAUUCCCAAUCCACAAACAUAGUACAGCCCACAGGGCGUUACAAAACAACCAAUCAAUCCGUACAAUACACCCAGACACUCCCACACAAAAUCCUCCCCUCUGCAGGUGAUAUGAUUACUGAACACAAUGGGUAAUCUCAUUAUCACCGGCAGAGGAAUACAGUUUUUACACAAUAUUUAUAACUUCUAAAAUAUAAAUGUCACAAACAUAAAACAUACAUUUUCAGAAUCAAUCCAUUCAGGGGAACAACAUAUUAAAAAAUGGCACGAAUCAGACCAGGGGUUCAAAAGUUAAGGGAAAGUCCUUUGUGACUAAAUGAAGCAUGGCUUUCCGGCCCAAACCAGUUUCAGAGUCUUCUAUCCUGGAGAUAAGUAAUUCAAUUAUCUCCCAGGACAGACACAAGACUCCAUUAAGCACAUGGUUGCAAAAAGACACAAAACACUUUAAAAUACAUAAAGUCACAUUUACACAUAACACACAGACAUUUCACAUAUCCCCAGAUAGCUGGGAUCUGAGUGCACAUUAUUAGAUGAAUGGCACUCAGAUCACACAAAUAAGCCUUUCUGCAGGGGAAAUAAACAGUUUAACCUGCAGGGCCAUAGUCCAAAGGGAGCAGGCGAGCAACCAGGCUUCUCCAGUUCACAGUGGCGAGGUUGGUUUCGCCACAAAUAUAUUAAAGGAACACAUACAGAUACCUUGACAAUAUAUAUUUUUUGUCUUGGUAUACUUCUCUCUAUAGCUCAUCCCCUACACCUGAGGGCAAAGCCCUUCAACUGAAGCAGGUGCAGAUAUCUAACUAUUUCGGGCGACAUCUGCAGUGAUCCCUUUCAAUAGAUACAGCGAGGUUGCUAGACUCUCCUGGUCCGGAUGGCCUCACGUUACAGUAUUAUAUUAUUUUCGGCAACCUAUUCGUCCCUAAACUUUUCUUCAUGUUGAUGUCCUUCCAAGAAACUCAUUGCUGGCCAGCAUUAACAGUACUGUGCUGGGUAGGCAAGAAUCUGUGUGCGUGCUCUAGUUACAGACCCAUUUUGCUGUUGAAUGCAGACCUAAACUUUUUGCAAAGGUGCUGGCUGAAAGGAUUAAUCAGGUCGGCUUCAUAUUUAGAAGGGAGGUGUAGGACAAUACAGACAUUUAACAUGAUGCAUAGGGUGUAUCGAUCAGGUACCACUCUCCUUUUUCUCUAUUAACUGACUCAGAGAAGGCGUUGGACUGGGGGUACUGGACUUUUACUCUCCACCCUCAGAGAGAUGGGCUUUGGCUUUGUGGCAACCACAAAUGGAUACUCUUAUUCAUCAGGCCAGGUGUGGCUUAAUGGGUCCUUGUUUCCCCGUUCCCUAUCCAUAAGAGUACACAACAGGGCUGCCCUCUAUCUCCUCUUCAUUCUCUCCAUUAAACCUUUUCUGGAUGCAAUCUGGCAAGGAAUAUGGAGGUGGGUGGCAUAGAGCACAAGAUUGCGACUACGCUGACGACUUCCUGAUCUUUGUUCACUUCCCAGAAGUGUCCCUGCCUAAUAUCAUUGCCAGAUUUGAGGAAUAUAGCUCACUAGCUAACUUGAAAAUAAACAAAGACAAGUUUGAAAUCCUGAGGUUUAUGGUCCAAUCUUAGGAGGCAGAUAUACUGAAGGGUAAUUUCCUUUUUAAAUAGUGCAGAGAGGGUAUAAAAUAAUUGGGUGUUUGCAUGGACUAAACUUCUCUUCGCCUGGAGCACUUAUGCCCACCCGAAGCAUCAAGAAGGAACUGGUCUACGUUCCCCUUCUAAAUAUUACAUGGCAGUCCACCUUUCGAGACUAGUGAACUGGCAGAUCCACCUACGACAUCCCUCCUGUAUGAGCCUGGAUUUGGAAGACUUUGGCUGCUAAUUUCAAGCUACAACCUGGCUGGACGGAACCAAGAUCCCAUAAAACCUUUCUGUAACAACCCUUCAUCGGUUCCACUCUGUCUUUCUUAAAUGCCAACUUUGCUACCAUCCCAAACACCAUGCUCCCCUUAUCCCACAGCUUUCCUGGGCAAAGGCCCUUUGGUACACCUACUACAUGGUACUACUAACUCGCAACUACUUCCCCUAUCAGGAUUGAAACCUGAAGAAGCCCAGGGAUAGAUAGGUUUCACUAUUUUUUAAAUUACCCACUUCUAUAAAUCACUAGCCUCCCAAAUCAAUUUCUGUUUAGCUCCACUGAACUAAACAACUAUGAAGUAUCUGGACCUGUUGUCUGAUUGACAGCAAGGGAACGUAUAAAGGUUAAUUUAUUUAUUUGUUGGUUUCACAAAUUGUGUUGUGUAGAGAUAAUGAAAAUGAUACUACUUUAGUGGAGUCAUGGACAAAUAAUCCUUAUGUCAAUGUGUGGACUAUAGAAUGUGCUGCUAAAAUAGAAAUACUUAAAUGUGUGUAUUCUGUUUGUAAUAAUUGAUCAUUAAGUUCUAUAGUUGUUAACUUGUGAUAAAUGCUUAAUUUUUCUUCCAGUGCAGAAAGCCAUGUUCCUGUUCAGUUAAAUUACCACCUAUGUGAUAUUUUCUCGGACCUAUUAAACUUUGCUGCAGAGUUCCUUGUCACAGGCGGGAGACUUGUGUAUUGGCUCCCAGUGUACCGACCAGAGUAAGUGUUUAGCAAAGUGUUGUUUAGAUUUCACACUACUGAUUGUCACACACCUGAUUGUGGCAGCAGUGCUAUAUUUGGUAUAAAGGUCAAAAGUGAAAGCAUUUUGAAUUUGAAGAAAAAAAUGUUAACACUUUAUGAAUUCAUGAUCACUUUUCUACGCUUUUGUACAUCAAUUUUGUUUUAGGAGUGUGUGUUUUUGUUGCUUUAAAAAAAAAAGUUUUAUAUCUGCAAAUGUUUUCAUUUGUGUGAGGUGUUAUGUCGACUCAUUUUUAGAAUUAAGAGAAGUCAGAUCAGUCCAGGUGUUUUAACCAAAUCAAAAAUAUUAAAAUGUAUUUUUUAAAGGAACACUAUAGUGUCAGGAAUACAAACACUACAGGUCUAAUGGCGCCGAUUAGGUGGCUGGACCCACUCUCCGUGCAGGAAAAAGGUGAUUUACUCACCUUUUUCCAGCUCUGCGCAGGUUUUCUCAUGGCUGGCUCCACCACGUCCCCUUGACUGAAAUCAUUAAACUUGAUGUUCUCACCAAUCCAAUGGUUUCCCAUAGGAAAGCAUUGGGAGGCUAUCGCGCAUGAUCAGCAAAAUGCCGCCCUGCGCCUAUCCGCAUCUGCUCCUAGAGAUGCACUGCGUCAAUGCAUCUUUAUGGGGAACAUUCAGCCUUUCCCUGGAAAGAUAGUUUUUAUAAUAAAGCUUGCAGAGACAGGCAGUAGACAUCAGAACAACUGAAUUAAGCUGUAGUGCUUCUGGUGACCAUAGUGUCCCUUUAACCCCUUAAGGACCAAUUAUCUGGAAUAAAAGGGAAUCAUGACAUGUCACACAUGUUAAGGGGUUAAAUAACCAUAAAAUAAAAAAUGUUUUACAAAUGUCUAUAAAUGUGGUGUGACGAUCAGUAGCAGUGGUUACCGGAGAUGUACACUAUGAAGCCUAUAAUUUACAUGGUCUGGCAGGUUUGUUUAAAUUUCAAUUUAAAAAAUUAUUUCUAAAUUUUUUUACCUCUUCCCCCUCCAAUGAGUAUUCAGUAAUGAUAAAAUCUUUAUGAAAUACUCACAUUUACUGUAUUGGAAUUUCACUGAAAUUCUGUCUGUGAAGACCCAGACAAUUACAGAGCCGUUUUAAAAUAUUUUUAUGCAGUGCACAUUUGUAUACUAUGUUGCUAUACCUGCAAAAUCUAUAUUUAUGUUCCUUUGUGUGGCCAUCAACAUUGCUGCUUGCAAUCUGUGGAAAUUUGGUAGUGUAGUAGAUACAUUGUGCACUAUAGAUUUAGCAAACUUUUGUACGGUUCUUUAGAUUUCAAGUUUGUUAGUAUUGCAGGUUUAAGAAAGGAAAAUAAGGUUUUCCCAAGGUACUAGUUACUAAACAUAGCACAGACCUCUGGUUUUCCCAGCACAAGUAUUCAUUACCUGUGGAAAGCAGCCUAUGCAUUGAUAGCUAAAGACAGGAGGUGUUUUAACACUAAGUAAUAACCAUCUCCCACUAAAUGAUAACAUCAAGCUACAAAGGAGAUUAUUUGUUCAAGCACACAUUGACAUCAUUGUUGUGUCUGAAUUUUUAACAUUCUUUUAGAAGUUAACCCUUGUCCAGUUUUUCUCUUUAUAUACAUAUAAUGUUUUCAGAGUAGACUGCAGUAUUCCUACAACUUAUGUUGUGUAAUGUCAUAUAGUUGUUUAAUUGUACUGCAUCAGGUUAUAAACAAGAACAUUUCCAUAGUUAAAAGGGCAGUAAUACUUAAAUUACAUUACAAGUGUCACUCUCAAGCAUGAAAAUGGUUAUUGUCUAAAUGUCAAAUCUUAGAAUUGUAAAUCCAAAUGGCAAAAUUCAUGCUGAAAUAGCGACAUUGUAACUUAAGCACAGUUGGGGAUUUUUAAUUUUUUUUUUUAAAGGUCCACUAUUUCAGCCUCAAUUUUAUCUUUACAGUUGGCUAAAAUGUUGUGUUUAGUAGACUUGUGCAGGGUGAGAUUUUAUUCCCAAAACUAAAAUUUUGUUUGAGACAUCUGACAUUUGUCUAUGUGAUUGUUUUGCUCUGCCGAAAUUAAUUUACAAAAAAAUAUUCGGGAAAAUAUUUGGACAGACAAAAAAGCGGUAAAAAGAUGCCUAUUAGUGUGGUGCAAAGCAAAAAUGGGUACAGUAUUGUCUAGCAUGAUGGCUGUGCAAUAUUAGCCAUUCUUGUGCCAAUUCUGAAUUUUUAAUUUAACUUUAAUUAUAUUAUUACACAUCUAUUGAACAAAAAAUAAAUAAGGGAACUUUAGAAUGAUGUUUUAUAAUGAUGAUUAUAUUUAGUUUUACACGCUUGUAUUAAUGAAUAAUGGGAAGCCACCUCAGCAGUAUUAAUUUUAAGUUGAGAAAAGGGAAUUUUUCCAAAAAUGAAUUACGUUAAUGAACUAUUGAAGACCUAAUCACCCCUCCCUGAGAAGAUAAAAACUUUCCCACACAUCUAGUGUCAGUGUAGUGUCAAUGACUGUACUUCAGUGUGGGGGAAAAAACACGCUCUAUCAUCGUUUACUCUCAACUGCAUCUGCGGAGAAGUAUUUUCUUUCAGUAUGCAUAAAUGGAAAUAAAAAGAAACGUUUUGGUAGGAUAGAAAACCUUUAAAAAUUUUUUAAAAAAUUACAAAAUAAUAAAGUUACAGAUAUGAAAAUAGUGUGUAGCCCCACGUAUACAUGUGGCACAUAGCUACCAGGUUGACUCUUUGGAGAAAAAGACACACACACACGAAUACCUACGCACGCAAACACACUGAUGCACAGAGAACACUUAUACACAUACUGACAAACUUUCUCUGGUAGUGUGUAUCAGUAUUGACGUGUGUGUCUGACAAUGCUUAUCUGUGCAUGUGCCCGAGAAUGUGUAUCUGGCGGUGUGUGUAUGUAAGUGUAUAUCUAUGUGUAUCUGUGAAUGUGUUUGGAAUUUGUUUCUGUGCUUUUUAUUAUUAUGUCUGUGUAUGUGUGUGGGAGCUGGUGGCAGUGUGGGGUUGUGUAGGGUUGGCUUCUUGUGGUCUUGACAUCUGUUUUUUUGACACCUGAUGAUUGUAUGGGGUGGGGGGGCAUAGGGGUGUGGGAAGGCUAUGUUUAAGUGUACACCACUCAAACACAUUUUUUAAACAUGACCCAUCUGUUUAUGUCUACUACUCCCUUACAUUGCUCCUUGUAGUUCCCUCUCCAUACAUAUCUGGCUCCUGUGUUAAUGCCCCACUUUUCUAUGCAUCCUUAUACCUGUAGUUUUUGCCUGCCAAUCCUCCCUCCAUACAUUUUUCAUCAAUUGCUCCUUUUUUUUUUCUCCCUCCCCUUUUAAAUUGUUCCUUACAACCGAGGAUCACAGCUAGUUCAGUUCAGGCCACCAACUCAUUAAUGAACACUAGCUUUGAGUAGAUUAUUAGUUUACUGACCACUUCUGUUACAUUAGUGUGAGGUGUGCCCCCAAGAAUAACUUACUUGUUUUCCAGAAAGGCAUUCAUCUUGUUUAUGAAGUAGUUGAACAAGGGUAUGUGACCUGUCCAAAUCUGACAAUACUGUGGAUCAAGGUUUCUGUGACACCGCUAAAUGGAUUAUGAACGGACACUAGCUGCCCUAUUAGUAUCCAAUCUUUUCACCCCAAUGGGGAGUCAAAGUCCAUGGAAUGGUUGUAAGAUAGCCUACAGAGUGUCCUCUUCUUUCCAGUGUGCCUAAGGUGGAGUUUAGCCUUGUGCUAAGUUCCUAUGAACUGGGUUCUGCUGUUCUAAUAAUUGAAUUAAUCACACACAGACGGCUGCUGUGUGCUCUAGAAAGCAGUUAACCAAGCAAGUGACAAGAAUGAUCAGUAGCAGUGAUUACCUGAGACGUGCAAUAUGAAGCCUAUUAAGCCCAUUAAGCUUAAGUUGUUCAGGUGUUUAAAGUGUCCUUUUAAAUAGGUGUGCGUGCGUGCAUGCAUGUGUAUACACACACUACACCAGCAAAGUUUUGAAGCUUCUGUAUCACAGCCAAUACCAUACUAAGAAGACUAAAGAAAAUCUAUUUAAUCAAUGCACGGAUAACAGACUUUUAGCCCUAACCUGGCAGCAGUUUUAUAUUUUUCCAUUAAGAUUACCACAUGACUUGUCUGCCAUAUUUAGAAGCGAGUCCUUAUAUUCUGACGCUUUUGGAUGUUAUUACUGUUUGACUCGUGUUGGAUAAAAGGAUUAGGGUGCUCGCUCCAGUUUAUUGCUUGGAUGAAAAAUAUUGUCCAAAUGUGAGAUUCUCAAAUGUGCAGUGUAUACGUUCCUGAAGCAGAGAGUGAUCAUUGAAGUGAAAAAAUGCUUUGGAUAUUAAAUAUUUCAUACUUUCCUUGAACCCUAAAUCUCACUGCACAAAUGCAUAAUCUGCACAGGGAACCUGAUUGAAAUACAGAGAACCAGCAAUAUUUAAUAAAUUAAACAUACAUGGACGUGUUAAUCUCUUCUAAUGCUCUAAUGCAUUUACCUAUUCUAUUACGUAAAUGCAUUUCAAACGUUAUGAUGGCUGACCUGCACUUUACAAUGACUGUUCAACUCUAGAUCUGAAGUUAUUCAAAGAAAUAGAUUGUAUGCUAAAAUUAACUGGUUGUCAGUAUAGGUAAAGGGAAUUGUUGAAUUGUAGCUAUGUAUUUCGGAUGCAAUGUAGAUAAUUGACCCAUUUUAUUUUUUUUUAAACUGUCCCAGCAUAUUUUUUGAAGCUAAUAUAGGUUUGUGGUUAGGGGCCCACCAGCUCUGUUGAUUGCAUUUAUCACUACUAUCGAUCAAUGUAUUUGCUUCAGCUGCCUUCUUUUUUAUACUGUGACCCAUGAUGUAUAGCCACCAGUAAGUAACAGGAACAGUCAGUAUGUGGUAUUUGACUCGGCCACAGAUUUAAAGGGACACUCCACUGCCAAAUCCAAAAUAAAUUUUAAAAAAUCACUGUUCAGUAGAUAAAUGCCAAUUCAAAACCUGCAUGCAUUUUAUUACACUUUUUUAUUGGGUUAUAUGUAAAACAGUUUGCAGAUCCUUCAGUACUCUUUUCUGCUGCUUUUGCAAACCCUAUUCUCCUACCCAAAUUCACACUUUCUCUGGUUGUCCAAUCAGACAUUCCAAUGCAGCUCAGUAAGAAAUAUUUGUAAGGCAGGUGCUCUGAGCAAUUGCUGCCUCUUGAGUUUAGCUCCACUAAACUGAGCAACCAGGAAGAAACAGGACCGGUUAUGUAGGGUGCACCGAUAUUUUUGACUGAAAAUCUGCAGAAAAUCACCAGGGAUGCGCUGUCGCCCGACGCCCAGGACAUGCAGUUGUGGGUGCCGGGCAGGUAGUUAUUUUAUCUUUUCAGUCCUGCUGUGGGUUAGUUGCAGGGUGCCUAGGGGCAGAGUGACUUGUCAGGUCCUCGGUCCAUGACCAAGGAUCCGACAUUGGGAGGGGGCCGGCGGCUUGCCCCGUGUGCCGCCGGGUGCAAGGCCCCUUUCGUCUGCUCGGAGAGAGAGCCAGUACAGUCUGCAGCUCCGCCGGGGAUAAGCUACCGACUGUGCUGUAUCUUGCGAUCUCUGGCCACGGCAACGCUCUGACUUCUGGAUAUUGCGAGAUACAACACAGUCUGCAGCUCACACCCGGCGGAGCUGCAGACUGGAUAGACAGACCACCGGACAACCAGGGAGCCAGGACACUGAAACACCAGGGAAAGGAAAAAAAUAAAGGUAUAUCUAACACCCCUCACUCUGUCACCAGUCACCCCUCCCUCAGUCGCUGUCACCAGUCACCCCCUCCCUCAGUCGCUGUCACCAGUCACUCAGUCACUGUCACCAGUCACCCCCUCCCUCAGUCACUGUCACCAGUCAACCCCUCCUUCAGUCACUCUGUCACCCUCUACCUCCCUCACUCUGCCACUAGUCACCCCCUCACUCUUCACACAUAAAACUUUUUAGCAAACUAGAGUGCUUUAAGGGUCUGGAAUGUCCUUUUAAUGGAAUACUUUAGUGCCAGGAGUACAAAGCUGUAUUCCUGGCACUAUCGUUCUCCCCUCCCUCGUGCCCUACUUCUGUGUUAAAAAAAACCCCUGUAUUUACUUACCUGUUACUUCCCUGUUCCCAGUGCCAAUUUCCCACGGUGCUAGGUAGACGCUCUGCUCCCUUCUUCAUCCCACACCGAGCCGGCAAUAGUGCUCACGCGCGGCAAAUGCUGCGCACAUAUUAGACAACCCCAUAGGAAAUCAUUGAAUCAAGGGCAUGAGGAUGUCUAGCGUCAGAUACCGGACCAAAGGUCUAUUUGGAUGCAGGAAGCACCUCCAGUGGCUGUCUGGUAGACAUCGACUCGAGGCAGACUUAGUGCUGCAAUGUAGACAACGCUAAGUGCAAAAGGGACACUGCACCCAGACCACUUCAGUGAGCUUAAGUGGUCUGGGUGCCUAUAGUGACCCUUUAAUUUUUGAAGUACACAGAGUAAACACUUGACAUAUCUCCAUCUCGGAUGCUGGCUAAGCUCCUAUUUUCCUUUUAUUGAUAAAGGUAUUUAUAUGUCCAUAUAUCUCAAACCCCAGAAAUGCCUGUAUCUUCAUAUAUACAGAACAUUUUAUAUAUACAUUUUUAGAUUUAUUACACAUAUAGAAAACACCCCCAGUUUUACCUUCUCAGACUGUGUACCUAUGCAAACUCCAAUGUUUAAACAGCAAUUGGAUAAAUACUUGCAAAAACAUAACAUACAGGGAUAUAAUUUCUAAUUAGUGGGGUAAUAGCUGCUUGAUCCAAGGAGAUACCUGACUGCUAUUUUGGGGUCAAGAAGGAAUUUUUUCCCAGUUUGUUGCAAAAUUUGAAGCGCUUCAGACUGGGUUUUUUGCCUUCUUUUGGAUCAACAGCAAAAACAUAUGUGAGGAAAGCUGAACUUGAUGGAUGCUAGUCUCUUUUCAGCUAUGUAACUAUGUAUCCAUGUUUUAAAUGCAAUAAUGAGGAGAAAGGAUGAUUCUUUGCUGACCUAAUUUGCAUAUGCAUACCCAGAAUCCCAUGCAGUAGUAACAUGUGACAUUUCUGUCGGAAAAGCAAGUGUUAUGGCUUGACUGGUCUAUUCAGAUCUGUAUGUAAUAAUACAUUGACUAUUCCCUGUGUCAUUGGCUUAGUGAUUAUGACUGCAAAUAUGACAUCUGUUUUAUGAAUUUGUCAUUGCACAUUCUGAUAACUCCGUAAUUAGUGAGAAUCCAGCUUUCUAUGUUAGCAUUAGUCUCGUUGGGAAAGGAAGUAAACCGAGAGCUAGUCAUACACUCUGGAGAUAAAAUAUGUAGUGCUCACAUGUCACAUGCACUGUAUGCAUCCUGGUAAAGAGCACCUGAGAUUGUACAUGACAUCAUCAUAACCCUGGCAUUGUGACUUGGUUAUUAGAGCUUCCCAGCCAGUCAGAAGCUGAUGGUGGCAUUCUCUUGUCAUGCAUAGAUGCUUAGGCAUUCAGCUGUAAGUGAUGAUCCCACACCUAUAACUUAAGCAUUUUGUGUUUAGUUAUACUCAGGUCAGCUAAUCAGGAAUGUUGUAAAAUGGUCAUGUAGCUUUAAACAAUUUCUUCCAUUUUUUUCCUUUUCUUUUCUAUAUACUGAAAUAGAAAUAUUUUCAUGAUCAUUUAAACACUAUAGUCACCAGAACAACUGCAGCUUAUUGUAUUUGUUGAGUAUAAUCAUUCCCUUCAGGCUUUUUGCAGUAAACACUGUCUUUUCAGAGAAAAGGAAAUGUUUACAUUACAGCAUAGGGAUACCUCCAGUGGCCACUCCUCAGAUGGCUAGUAACGGUGCUUCCUGGGGCAGUGCUGCACAGUGUGCCAUUCAGUGUCUCCAUCGUCUGCAUUGACACACUUUCCUCAUCAGAGAUGCUGAUUGUCCAAAGCUAUGUUUGGCUUGUGCUGGCUCUGCCCCUGAUCUGCCUCCUUGACAGUCUCAGACAUUUCUAUAGGAAAGCUUUACGAUUGGCUCAGAGAUUUACUUCUGAUGUCAGCCAAGGAGGCAGAUCAGGGGCAGAGCCAGCAGCAGCAGACCAAAAUAAAGGUAAGAUUUUACUAUGUAUAGGUGGGACCAGGGGGAGCUUGAUGGUGUUUUUAACACUAUAGGGUCAGGAAUACAUGUUGUGUUCCUGACCCUAUAUUGUUCCUUUAAUUUAUCCACAGUGAUCUGCUUGAAGAAGGCUGUGUACAUAUGCCCCCAAAAUGUUUUUUUUUUUUGUUUUUUUUAAAACACAGCUGCUUUAGUUCUUAGAUUGCCUCAGGCUGGAUGAAGGAAGUGGGAGUUGUAGUACAACACUUAAAUAGCCUGUGCUAGUAUGAGGUAGCUGUGACAUUUCUGUACAUUAUGAUCUUUACAAUUUUCCCAGCAAGCACUUUUUUUAAAAUUUAUUUAUUUUUUAUUAUUACUUCCAGAUAUACAGAAGAGGUUAUACCCCGGCACCCAUGCCUGAAACUUAUUAGCAACUGUGAACAGAUGCUGUCCAGCCACACGUCUCGUCGACUGAUAACAAUGGAAAAGGUGAAGGAGUUUGAGGUAAGAGUGUUUUUGAGGGCAGGGGCCAGUUAAGGGACACUUUUGCCUUUGCACCUGUCAAAAUAAGUAAAUGUCAGCAGUUGUGCUUUUGGUGUUUCUUUUUCCUUGUAGAAAUAUGUCUGCAUACCUCCUAAAUGGCCUUCUUUUAGCAUAAAUCCCUGUUUUAGACCCAAGCCCAUCUGCUUCUGAAUUGUGUCUGAGUAUAACACAUAGCUAUGCAGCAAUAAAACUGUAAUGUCUACAGGAAAGCCACACUUACAUCAACCUCCCCUGAAACAGAAUGAGUUAGGAUGGGUCCAGUGGCUGCGGCAUUCCUGGGAUGCAUGGGAGGUAUCAUGACCUAUUUAUCAUUGUUUGAUUGCUAUCUCUUGUCCUGCGGUGUUUUAUACCCCACCUCCUAUAGAUUGUAAGCUUGUUUGAGCAGGGUCAUUUUCUACCUAUUUUUCCUGUAAAUUUUUUGUAAUUGUAUAAUUUAUUGUUGAAUCACUCGUCGUAGACUAUUUUGACACAAGCUGUUCUAUACGUUAAACGUUUAGAAAGAAAAAAAAAAUCUACUCCUAUAACAUACAUUCAAAUUCUUGAAGAAAAUACAUUGUUAUUAUUACUGGCAUUUAUAUAGUGCCAGCAUAUUCCGUAGCGCUUUACAAUAUUAUCAGAGGGAGAGAUUCAACAAUAAAUAAGACAAUUACAAAAAACUUACAGGAAAAAUAGAUUGAAGAAGACCCUGCCCAAACAAGCUUACAAUCUAAAGGACUUGAGGUAUAAAACACCGCAGGACAGGAGAUAGCAAUCAAACAAGGUUGGAGUGAUGCCCUUUAGGAGAGAGCAAGGUACAGGUAUGUGAGGUAGAGGUUACUCUGGGAGGCCGUAAGCUUUCCUAAAGAGAUGGGUUUUGAGGCACUAGGAGAGAGUCUGAUGGUGUUAGGCAGGUUAUUCCAAAGGAAAGGAGCCACCCGCAAGAAGUCCUGCAAGCGUGAGUUGGCUGUAUGGGUGCGAGCAAUGGACAGGAGAAGGUCAUGGGCAGAGACCAAGAAGGGGUAUACCAACGGAUCAGUUAAGAGAUGUAGGAGGGGCUAGAAUUGUUCAUUGCUUUAUAGGUGUGGAUUAGUAUCUUGAAUUGACUCAUAUAGGAUACAGGAAGCCAAUGUAAGGACUGACAGAGGGGAGAGGUGUGAGAGGAACGGCAGGAGAGGAAAAUCAGUCUAACUGAAGCAUUCAUUACAGACUGUAGCGGGGCAAUAUGACUUCUUGGAAGACCAAUUAGGAGAGAGUUACAAUAAUCCAUGCGAGAGAUUACUAGAGCUUGGACAAGCUCCUUAGUAGCAUCUUGUGUAAGAAAGGGACGGCUGCGGCUAUGUUUUUAAGAUGGAAUCUACAGGAUUUGGUAACAGACUAGAUGUGAGCCUCAAAGGUGAGGCCAUAAUCAAAUAUAACACCAAGACCAUGCGCUUGCAAGGAUUGGCUGAUGUGGGUACCACCAACUUGAAGAGAGAGCUAGAGAGGACGAUCAUUAUUAGUAGAAGGAAAGACAAAAAGUUCAGUUUUAGAGAGAUUGACUGGGAGGACAUCCAAUCAGAGAUGGAAGAAAGGCAAGCAGUGACACGCUGCAUAAUGGCAGGAGAGAGGUCCAGGGAGGAGAGGUAUAUCUAGGUGUCAUCAGUGUACAUGUGGUAUCGGAAUCCAAAUGAGGUAAUACGUUUGCCAAGAGAAGCAGUAUAAAGAGAAAAUAGAAGGGCAUCAAGUACAGAGCCUUGGGGGACUCCAACAGAGACAGGACGAAGCGAGGAGGUAUGAUUAGAAAAGAAGACACUGAAUGAGUGUUGGGAGAAAUAGGAGGAAAACCAAGAGAGGACAAUGUCACAGAAACCGAGUGAUUGAAGAGUUUGGAGAAGGAGAAGAUGGUCAACAGUGUCAAAGGCAGCAGAGACGUCAAGAAGAAUUAGUAGGGAGUAGGGCCCUUUGGAUUUAGCUGUGAUUAGGUUGUUAGUAACUUUAAUAAGACCACAUCACCCUGUUUCAGUAGCAUAUAUGAUACAUAGAUGGUCAUUGCACACUAAAAUACUUUGCUUCCACUGUGAAUGUAUUAAUAUAAGAGUGUGAUUUUUAUAUUAUCCAGCACUUCAGUCUAGGGCCAGAUGCCUUAUCUGGUUAUUUAAUCUUCUGCAUAACCCUGUGUGUCCAUCUGUACAAACAACACACACAAAUUGAAGCUUCCAAACAAAGUUUCUACUUGGCCUCUGCAUUUUUUUCAUUACAGUGCUGACUCUUGCUGAAGAUUUAAUACACCCUAAUGUACUUGAUAGGAUUUCAUUACGUAUUAUACCUUUUGAGUUCAACUUUGAGGUUCUGCCCCUAUGUUAUAAUGGUUAAAAAAAAAUCAAGAAACACCCUAGGAAAGCUUUUUUCUGUGUGUUCAAAGCAGAUUUGGACAUCUGUGGUUUCAUUGCUAUUUAUCAAACUGUAACUGCAAGAGACAUCCAUUGCAGAGGGGUCUUAUGGACGUCUAAGACGUACGCAACAAGCAACCAUCUCCGACAGCAUCAAGAUGAAACAAGCAGAAAUGAUAAACAGCGCUUACAUUAACAUAACAAAUUGUGCUUGUUACUACUCAGAUCAACAGUGUUGACUUUGGCACAAACAAUAUUUUGCUGUGUUUUUCUCCUCUUUAAAGCCUUGGCACAUGUUUAUUUUCUUUCUGGUUUUUGUUUGUAAGCCGUGGGCAGGUUUUAGAUCAAUCGUCCUUACAGGAUCAUAGUGUGCAGUAGUUUAUUCUUCAUUAACCCCUUUUGUACCCCGCAUCUGUUUUCACUAGUUACAAACAUACUUAUUCCCCUCUAAUAUUUUGUCGUCUGCCUGCUAUUAUUGUUUUGUUAUUGCUUUGCUUGUUGUUUAGAUGAACAGCUCUUUGUGGUUUAAGUGUUUGGAUUACAGCACCUGAUCUUAGCUUAGAGACAAACGACUUAGUGCUGUUUGGCAGGCGAGCAGGCAGGUGCUUCUAAUUCACCUACCAGAUGUUUUUCAGGUUUUUUUUUUUUUUUUUUUUGCACAUCAACACACAAGUUUACAUUGCAUGCUUAACUUUAAGGCACUUGGGGCUAUGAUAUGUCUUCUUCUCACUUAAGAUGAUCUGUGCAGUGUGUAAAGAAUUGGACAGCAAGCACACUAAUUUUCUACAAAUAUAAUUAUUUAACGUGGUAGCUUUAAAGAAAAACUGUAAUGUUAUGAAUAAAUAUGUUACCAUUAAAGUGUAAAGUAAACCCAAGAGGUAAUUGAAAGAGUAAAAAAGUAGGUUGCUAGAAAAGUAUUCACUGAGGGCUUGGUGUUUUUUUGCUCACAGUGCCUAGAGAGAUAUCAGCUAUGCCUUACUGAUGAUGCCUAACAAGGCUGAAACGAUCGUCUGGGGUUGCUGUGUCUCUCGUGCAGAGGGAACUUGCUGGCAUUUCGGGUCUGGACUGCCCGUAUGGGUGGGACCAGUCUGACAUGCUGCGCCAAUUUAAAGCUUCUCAUAGAGGAGCAUUAUCCCAAUGUUUAUCAAUUAAAUGCAUUAAACGCUUUCAACAUCAUUAGAGGGACACUCCAGGCACCCAGACCACUUCUGCCCAUUGGAGUGGUCUGGGUGCCAACUCCCACUACCCUUAACCCUGCAAGUGUAAUUAUUGCAGUUUUCAUAAACUGCAAUAUUUACCUUGCAGGUUUAACUCCUCCUCUAGUGGCUGUCUAGUAGACAGCCACUAGAGGGCACUUCCGUGUUUAUAGCAAAUGUGUGCUAUAGCGUCACUGGACGUCCUCACGCUAUGUCAGGACCUCCAGCGUCGCUGAAAUCCCCAUAGGAAAGCCUUGAAAGCAUUUUUCAAUGCUUUCCUAUGGGGAGGUCUAAUGCGCGUGCGCAGCAUUGCUGCGCAUGCGCAUUAGGUCUCCCCGCCGGUGGCCGUGCAUGCUCAAUAGGCGGGGGAGGAGCGUGGGCGGACCCUGACCAAGCGCCAAGGGAUAUGUCUUAACCCCUUCAGAUGGGGGGUGGGAGGGAGAGGGGACCUGCAGUGCCAGGAAAACGGUUUGUUUUCCUGGCACUGGAGAGUUUCUUUAAGCGGGGAGUGGUAGCACUGAAUGUGAGGACUUUCAAGUGGCUAUAAUUACUGAGUGAUGCCACUUGAAGCAUACCGACAGACAAAUGUAAACACAGCUGUUUCUUAGAAAUGUCAAUGCUUACAUUUUUCAGCCUUCUGGGAUUGGAUAGAUGCACCAAAGCCACUACAUUAAAGGGAUACUAUAGCGCCAGGAAAACAAAUUCAUUUUACUGGCACUAUAGGUGCCUACAGUGCCCCCCUCCCUCACGCCGCACCUGCAGUGCUGAAGGGGUUAAAACCCCUUCAGUCACUUACCUGACUUCAGCAGGCAGGGGGAAGCCUAAUGUGUAUGCGCGGCAAACCCAGCGCUCGCAUUAGGAUUCCCUAUAGGAAAGCAUUGUUUAAAUGUUUUCCUAUGAGUAUUUGAUUGACGCUGGAUGUCCUCAUGCACAGCGUGAAGAUGUCCAGCGUCAUUUAGGCGACUUUUGGUCGCCUAACCAUCCGGAAGUCCCUCUAAUAGCAAGGUUUUUUUUAAUGUGAAUUUUGUAAAUACACAUUAUAUGAUAUGUGCUACUACUGUACAAAGCCCCUUAUUGUGUUGAUCAACUUUUUCUGAGUACAACAGACCCCAUGUAUCCCUUGUUACUAUCCUGUGACGUGCCAUUUAAGAGACCAGGCAGUUUGACUGUUGAAAUUACCCCACAAAAGCCUGCAAUUUGUGAAAGUAGACACUCCAUGGUAAUUUGUUUUGCAUUUUGUAACAUGCACAUUACAUUUUUGCUAAACUUUUGCAAAUCUUAUGUGCCACUGUAAUGCACCCCUCCCCCCCCCCCACCAAAGAAAAGUUUAAAGUUUUUGGUAUUAUUGAAUUUUCAUAUUUUUGUUUAAAUACACAUUUAAAUUUAGCAGUUUCUUUUGUAAACUUGAUAUUUGCUACUGUGAUAAAAAUCACAAAAUUGUUUGUUCUCCGCUAUAUUUCCUGAGUACAGAAUGAACCUUUUGCAUAUUUGAAUUACUUUAUAAAUAGAUAACAUUUGUAGGUAUGCGGUGCGAGGCAGGUGCCUGCGUGAUUGACAGCCAGGGGCGUAUUUAAUUUUUAUACAGAUAUCCGCUCUUUUAUGAAGUUUGAAAUGGUAUACUGCUUACCCAUAAAGCAGUUCAGCAAGUGGGUGUGUAGGGGUCCUUUAUGGUGGAACAAUCAAACUGCACAAAUUGCAUGUUUUGUUUUAAUUCAGCACUUGAAAAGUAAAGGAAAAUAGACAUAUAGAGAAACAUUAACGUUCAGAAUACAUUUGUAUUACUAAUGUUAUCGUUCCUUUAAUUGAAAUUCAGUAGAAUAUAAUAGCAGAAGUUAGCUACUUCCAUUUGUUAGAUUUAAUAUGCCCAUAUCACAAACAUAUUAUACCUGACUCGGAUCUGAACAGAAAAUUGGUAUGAUUCAUUGAUUAAAGAGACAUAUUAGAUUAAUUCACCACAAUGGAUUUUUCCAUGUUACUACUGGCAUGGAUAUGAAAGUUUGUAUAAACGAUGACUUAGCUUUUUUACAGACAGUGUGUUACAACCCGUGUACAAAUCUCUCAGGAGGUCAUUAUUGCAUGGCUCAGUGGGAGGUAUGGUAUGUGGUCUAAUGUCGAGAUCAUUUUCUACAAGACAAAGCAUUGUUAGAACAACUUUGCUGCUGCUGUUAAAUACAAACCAUAAUAAUGAACUACUGUGUAUUGGAGUUGGAUAUGUGCAUCACUAGCCAUUAACCCUCUUUCUGUUACAACCUCUUCUAGCUGUGAAGGAGUUUGGUUGUGUGACCCUUCUCAUAAUUGACUCUACCACUUAACAAGAGUAGAUUUCAACAUUUAUUUCAAGCUGUAUGUUUGGAUAUCUGUUCAUUUAGGCAAAUAACAUUUCAUUGCUGCCUUGUGUCAAGAUCCAAAUCUUAAGAUACACUUUGGAGUUGGCUCCUAGCAAGGGCCCUCCUGCACACUCUUCUAUUUCUUGACGGCAGAAGAAACAAUUGCGUUACAGGUUUUUAUCUCGUGAAACCAAUAAUAUGACUAAUUAUUUUCAACAAUUUCUUUCCACCUAAAUUGUAAGCUACACAGGUAUAUUAUCUUAAAAUAAUGAAUUGCAAUCGCACAGUCCACAAAUGUUUAUCCCAAUUAUGUGAAAUCUGAACAGGUUAUUCUGUCGUAUCCUGUCAUGUAUGUUAAUUAUUUCAGCAGCUGCCUGUUCUCAGUAUUCUCUUCUGCCCCGUUUUCUGCUCUCCAUAAGUUUAAAGGGUAAUCCAGACGUGGACCCCUUGCUCACGGUGCCUAGAGAGAUAUCAGUUAUGCCUCACUGAUGAUGCCUAACAAGACUGAAACGAUCGUCUGGGGUUGCUGUGUCUCUCGUGCAGAGGGAACUUGCUGGCAUUUCGGGUCUGGACUGCCCGUAUGGGUGGGACCAGUCUGAUAUGUUUCAGAGAUGUUCUCUCUGUAAUGGCACAAGAUGAGCUAAAACCAACUUGAGAACUGAGCAGGGACCCACCGAAGGGCAGUCUAUUUCAGCUGCUGCCUGUUCUCUGUAUUCUCUUGUGCCCCCUUUUUUGCUCUCCAUAUGUUAAUUAUAUACCUUCUAAAAUGUGUAGUGGCAUUUUAUUCCUAAACAUUCCUAAUAAUAGCCAUUUAUGUAUCUGGGAAAUAAUGCAGAAAACAUUAGACAUGUAGUAUAGGUUACAGGCACUGUGAGAGUUAUUGUAGCGUAUCUGUUUUAUACACACCCCAAAUUCUGGACUCAUAGACCUCUUUGUCAAAAUAGUAGGAAAGAUGGUCCUUAAGCUAUUGUUAAGCUAGACCACUCUCUCAAAUUGUACUCCAACAGAUAAUGACUGUAUAUCUCUAAAGGUGGGUAGAUGUGAAAUAAUAAGAGAAUGUAUACCAGAGGCAUCUACUCCAUCUAAGUUUAUAUGAUUGCUCUGUUCAUUCUCGGUUGUUAGUGAGCACAGGAGGGGAGGGGCAGAGGGGAGGAAGAGUAUAUCAAUGUUGCGACAGAACAUUGCUAUUAGUCUAUGUGAACAUAUUUCACAAAGUACUUCCUUGCAGUGUUCAGUGAUAGGCUGAGAGGAGAAGUCUUUGGUUGUGCCAAAUGACCCUACUAAGAGUUAUGCACCUUAGAAUUAAAAUGGGAAUGUGAAGCAAAAUCACUAAAUAAUUCAGUGUACCUUAAAAAUAGGGGUUAGUGGUAACUUACCUAGAGAUUGACAGAAUCUUUUACAAGAAAGCCUAAGGAAACCUUUACGAACAUAUGAGAGAGGAAUACUUUAUAUAGAUGCUGAAAAUAUGGUAUCUAAUUAUAUAUUUUUUUUCUCUUGCCCCAUACAGGAACAUGACCAACAUGCUCAUGAGAAAGACAAACAUUGUACGCCAUAUAAAGGACACAACUCCUUCCGUGAAAAGUAUUUCAGUGGGUUAACUAAAAGAAUGGCUAGGGAAGGGAGAGUCAAAAAUCAAGAAGCCAACACUGGAAAUUACAUUGGCACUGAAAACAGGGAAGACAUCUAGCUUAUGGAGAACAUCUUGAUGUGGGAGAAUCUAAAAACUGAUUUAAACUGUUUUUAUUCAUUUAAACUUAUUUUUAAUUUUUUUUUAAUUUUGAAAUGCAAUGAGAAAUGACCAUGGAGACCCAGCAUUCUCCGUUUUGGAUUCCUAGAUUCUUUAUGGCAUGAAUGCUUACUAUUAAAAUAGGGCUUACAAUCAGGACAAUGCUGCACUGAACCAAUAAGAACGUUGCCUCUUAUGAUACCUCAUAUAAUGCUUGCGAAACACAUUACCAUUCGAUUUUAUUAUAAUGUGAUAGUGAUGGACACAUAAGAAAGUAAGAACCUAACAACUUACACAAUGUACUGUAAAAAGUUUUUUUUUUUUUAUUAUUUUUUUGUGAUCUUUUUUGUUUUUUUUAAUCUUUCUCUCACCAGUUUUUUUUUGUUUUAUUUUUUUAUUUGUGUAGCUCUUGCCCACUUUGGAACUCUCCAUGAAACUCUUAUCUUGCUUCCCCCUCAUAUAAGGUUUGGUUUUGUGCCGUUGACCACCUCUUCUUAAAAAUAGAACUUUCAUAGACAGUAGGUAUGGGUGGUUCAACUAUCAUCGGGUCAGUAUACAAAUGAAAUUUUCUCUUGUGCUGGCAGAAAUAUGUAGAUUAAAGGAUAUGCUCACUUUCAGCUUAGUUCCUCCUCUUUAAAAAUUCCCAAAGCAGUGGAUAGGCCUUAAUCAAAAAACAGUUGACAGUGAAAAAAAACCUGAAUAAUAUACUACAGGGUUUCCAAAUUAGAUAAUCUCAAGCGCACAAAAUAUACAUUAAAUCUAAAGGGACACUAUAUGCACGAAAAAACUACUUUAGCUUGAUAAAGCAGUUUUUGUAUAUAGAUCAUGCCCCAUGCAGUUCCAAUGCUCAAUUAUCUGCCAUUCAGGAUUAAAGUACUUUUGUUUCUGUUUAUGCAGCCUUAGCCACACCUCCCCUGGCUAUGAUUGACACAGUCUGCAUGAAAAAAAGAAUGGUUUCAUUUAAAUGUUAACUUGUAUUAGAAGUAUAUAUCUCCUGCUCUGUAAAUUGGACUUAAAUUACAGACAUGCGGCUCCUGCAGAGUCUAGAAGGCUAAGUGCAGGAGCUAAGAAAUUGUAAAUUAAACAUUAGAUCUUGCUUUACAGAAAUUAUUUAUGAAGGCCAUGUAAGUUAAAUGCAGUGUGAGUAGGGUUGCAUAAGCAAAGUGCUUUGACUCCAAAAUAGCAGAAAAUUCAGCUGUGAGACUGCAGGAGCAUGAUCUAUACACCAAAACUACUUCAUUAAGCCAAAGGUGUUUUGGUACCUAUAAUGCCCAUAAUAUCAUUCUUACAUGGUAGACAUAGUUUACCUAUCCACAAGGGACAUAUAUUCAGACUUAGAUAAAAUAUUUUUUUUUGGUCAUGAAACUGAAACAGUUCUGCUAAGCCUGAGCAGUUUUAGAAUAGUAUAAAAUCCAAAGUUACUAGCAGAGAAUAAAAACUAUUAAAGGAACACUAUAGCGUGGGAGACAGCCACUAGAGGCUGGAUUAACCCUGCAGUGUAGUAUGUUUUCAACUGCAGGGUUAAAACUAGGGGGACCUGGCACCCAGACCACUUCAUUGAGCCGAAGUGGUCUGGGUGCCUAUAGUGGUCCUUUAAACAUAUAUGCGCUCUGUGAUUUGCUGAGAACCCUCUCUGAUGCAUGUUGUACUUUUUAAAAUCUUUUGUAGUGCACAUUUUAUGUAUUCUCUUUCCUCUUUAAAUGACAGGCUCUACUUGGCUGUUGACUUUCCUGUUAAUGAAAGUUUGGUCUAACAUGAAAGUAGACCUCUUCUCCACAGCCAAACAUAUUAGUUGGACAUUAUGGCAUCUAUCAACUCUCCUUAACUCUAAUAUAUAUGUUUAGCUCACCGUCUCCCAAACCAUUUUUUAUUAAUCAACCAGGGAAUGUAGGAAAUAAACAUGCAGCUAUAGCAAAAACGCAAUUUCACCGGUUUAAUGUUUAUAUUGCCUUGUUUUUGUAUUGUACUGUUUUACAUAAAACUGAGUGUGUUCUUUAUAAUCCUUUUAAUGGGAAUUAACUCUGCUGAACAGCCACAGAGUUCUUUCAGAAUGGCUUACUGCAUCUUUCACAGGAGGAAGUUGUACUGUUUGCUUUCUAUUCUCUAAACCUCUGGAAUCUGUUCUCUGCAUGGAAGGGUGAUGAAGUGUUCCUCAUUAGAGAGAUUGCUUUCAUUUGUUAUUGUUUGUAAUUGAUACACAUUAAACAUACACGAUAUUGCUUUGUCUUCCUACAACACUGUUGCAUGCAAAGUCCCUCUGUGGUUUGUUUUUGGUCUGCCCCCGACCAGGAGUGUCCCAGAGGACUUGACUGAGGCUUUUGGAGGCCAUGAAGUUUUGUUGAGCCUGUCCACAUCUGACGCUCAUCUGUUUCUUUUCAUUUUUGUUUUAGAAUUCCUACAAUUCGGCUCUUUUUAAAGACAACUGGCUAUAGGUUUUUUUGGGGGGGUUUUAUUACUCAAAACAAAACCGGUUUGGUUUUCUGUGCAAAGCCAUAACAAACCGGUAAGACUUGCUCAAAGUCUGUAGUAUAAUGUUCUCUCUGAAAUUGUUUGGAUAUUUGUGCUUCUUUAUUUUACUUCUGAUACCUCCUCAUUAGUGGUAAGAUAAGAGCUAUGAUGAGUCCGCAGAUAGUCCUUCAUGAGUGGCUAGAGUUAGACAUUGCAGAAAUUGCAUUGUAACCAUUGCGAGCUAAUGACACCAGUUUUUUUUUUUUUUUUUUCCUCUUUUUUUUGUGUGUGUAAAGUGUAAAUAUUGCAGUGUAUGAUGAACCAUUCCUUGAUAGUUAAUAAUAAAAACAAUAAAUACACCUGAUCUUAUUGGGGUGAUUUCAAAACGUACAUUUUGCUUCAAGAAUAAUUGCAUUGCUCACACAAUAUUUACCAUGUCUUUUAUUUAUUAGAGAAAUUCAUGUUAAAAUCUG